AUGCAUGCCCCUAUUUUCUUAGUCGAAUUAAAGUGCUCGUUCAUCAUUUAUGUGAUCGAUGAGUUAUAUUUGUAUGUAUUGGUUUGCAGAGGGAGCGGAGAAGGUGAGCGCGGUCAUCAUGGCGACGAGGAGGAGCAGCAGCAGGCAGCUUGGGCGGAGGAGGCAGCCGGCGUUCAACCGCUGGUGAUGCCGGAGGACGGGUACCAGUGGAAGAAGUACGGCCAGAAGUUCAUCAAGAACAUCCAGAAAAUCAGGAGCUACUUCCGGUGCCGCGACAAGCGGUGCGGCGCCAAGAAGAAGGUGGAGUGGCAGCCGGGCGACCCCAGCCUUCGCAUCGUCUACGACGGCGCGCACCAGCACGGCUCCCCAGCCUCAAACGGCGGUGGUCAGGACGGCGACGGCGCCGCCAACCGGUACGAUCUCAGCACCCAGUACUUCGGCGGGGCCGGCGCCCCCACGCCGCAGACGCGGUGA